AUGGCUUUGGAUAACAACGUUCCACUAUUGUUGACACAAUCAUUUCUUGAUCUUCGUGACGAGUGCUAUUCCCUCAUGGACAAAAGAUUUACGAAUAACAAUCGUAUACCAAAAAACACGACAAUAUACGCCUACGCCAAACUAUUCGCACAAUUCUGCUUAUUAUCUGAAGAAUUGGAGAGGUGGCUUAAGAGAGUUUGUAAAAUGGCUUUCGAAGGACGUUUGGCCUAUGGUAGUCGUUCAGAAUCUUAUAUGAAUCAGAUGUUGAACUGGACGUUCAAGAAACUGAGGCUAAGCUUCGCUCAAUCAGUAGAAGAACUUUUGACCUACAGACCGUACUAA